GUGAUCGGAAGCAUCGCUCCAUCAUCGAGAAACUAAUCCAAAAAACGGAUCCAAAAGAUCCAGUUCCUCCAAAAGAGCCGGCCGGGUCGGAGCCGCAGCCCUGUGCUGCAGCUGGCUCGAAGCAGGAAGGUGGCGAUCUCGGACAUCAAGCCUCAUCAUCUUCUUCCUCUAAGGGGGUGACGGGUGAUGCUAACAUGUCCAACGAUGAGGAACGAUCAUUGACCCAAUACUUCUCUACUCUGCCAAUGGAUGUCGAUGUAAAGGAACCAGCCAUGCCAACGAAGGACAGAUUUCUCUCCUGCAACCUUGUUGUCCCCGGUAUUGCUUUGAAGAAAAUGGCUAUGUGCUUAGCUUCCGGUGACGAAGACCACAUGUCCAAGAUCGCGGUUCUGGGCAUGGGCGGAAUCAAACAGCACCGGGUUGAAAGGAAUAUGUUGAAGGGAAUGGUGAUUGGUGAUUUCUUCAACGACAAACAUGCUUUCUGGAAAUCUGCCGUGAAGCAUUUGCAUCACCGGAAAAUAGGGGGAGUCAUGGUCUUCAGCAACUUUCCUGAAAACAUUGAGGUUUUGGAGGAAAUCCCACUGCAGAUCGCUCCGACUGCUGAUGUUUGGGCAUUUGUGCUGCCAUCAGAUGGGGUGCUGGGUAGUUCAGAGAAUGACUACGAACAUGUGCAGAUCCAAAGAUAUGACGUGAACCAGACUUUGGUGGAGGAAGGAAAGGCUGAAAUUUUUUCCUCGGGGAAAUUGGGUGCACUCGAAGGAGGUCUUCGUAAUCUGGACGAUGUUAGACAAUCACUUUCGAAGGAAGCCAUCUGUGAGAUUCAAAAUGAACUAGCUGAACAUCAAAUUGCAGCGGCGAGGUCCUCUUCUACGGCGGCUCAGGAAAAGGUCGCGGAGCGACAGGCCAAGAGGACGAGGAGAUUGGAGGAGUUGAGUGAGAGGACGCAGUUUCUGGAAGAAAGAGUGCAGAAGUCUAGUGCACUAAAUGAGCAUUGGCAGAAGAUUUGGAACGAUAUCACGGAGAAGGAUGCAUGCAAACCAGCAGGACAAACUUGGAGCCAGUUUUUUGCCAUGUUAGCUGGGUGCGAAUUGGAUUCUACACCCGUCCAUUUCAACGUGGAUGAGACACAGAUGCCCAAGGGAAAGAUGCUGUUGGCCUUGGGGAAACAUGUCACUUGCAUGACGGAGGCUUUCAACGGAGAAUCGAAACUUCUUAGCAACACGAAGGUGAAGGAGCAGCGCUGCCAAGCAGCUGAGGAUACCCUCAAGAAAAAGGCAGAGAAAAGGAAGAGGAGACGACAGGCUUGGCAUGCAAAGUUCCAGCUCAAGUCAAACAAAAAGGCCAAGGACAUUGAGAAUGGGAGGAAACGCAAACGACCUACCAAGGAUGACGGUGUUUGGGAAGCGCCUCUCAGGACGCAACGCCGUACCAUCAGCAUCAAGGACAAACUCAUGGUUCUUGAAUUCAGAAAAAAACUUCUUGCUGAAAAGCAAGCCGCCAAUCAGGUUGCUUGUGAGCCAGACAAUGUAGGCCAAGCUGCUGCAGAGAGAAGAAAAGCAAAAAAAGCAAGAAAGGAAGCCAAAAAGGUCUUGAAGAAAAGGGUCGAAGUUGAGUGUAAGAAGGAGUUCCCCCAAAUCGUGGGCACCUGCAGAGUCCACAGAUGGGCAAAAGCCGCUGCCAGGGAACACUGGGCAGACCUUCCAGAAGCCUUCACUUCCCGAGCAUCAGCGACAACUAACGUGUGGCGAUCUAAGGUCGGCUGCGAUCUGAAGGGGAGGAAGGAGGGGGGAAACGUCCCGCUGUCUCUACAGAGGGAAUUGGAUGUCCUUAUCAUGGAAAUGACCAGCGGCCAAUCUGACAUCUCAGAGAGAAAGGAAGUGGUUUCCACAGAGCAGGUAAUGACCAUUCAGGGUUUGGUGCGAGACUGGAACAAGAAUGUGGCUAACAUGGCCGAUAAAGUGAAGGAAGCCAAUCAAAAGCUCUUGGAUGACAUGAAUGCGGGGUCUUUGUCGGCUGAGAGUGUGAUCGCAGCUUGGAUGCCUGUUCCAGCAGAAACCCCCCUGCCAAACUCAAGAUGGGCCAGAUGGUUCCUCAGAGAAUGGGGAUGGGCUUUUUUGAGCCGAUCAUCGGAUACCCAGUCGUGGCUUCCGUGGGGUCAUCCUGACAUGAUCGCUUCCCGCGAACGGCUGCGGAAACUGAUCGACGACGGAACAAUCCAUCCUGCACUGACUCUCAACUUCGAUCAGGUUUGGCGGUCAUGCUACCAAUUUGGAGGCACCCUUUUGAUGAAAGACAGAUCGAAGACAGGCUUGAGAUGCCGGAAGAGAAAAGUUCACAAGAGGGCCGACAAGAAGCUGCAUGCAGUAAAGGGAGGGCGCCGAGGAAUAACCGUGAUGACCUCAAUUUGGAGCGACGGGACCCGAGGACCCCUUGCAUUUUGCAUUCCGGAAUCAAGGAUGUCGCAGGAAAGCAUGGUGGCCUUCAACGACCGGCAUGUGGGUCGAGCCCUGGUUGUGAGCAGCGGUUCGUCAACACAUUUCACCACGGCAGAUGUUGUGCUGCAUAUUUUUGAACAGUUGUACUCCCCGGCUCUUUCCCUUCAGUACAACUUGCACGAUCACUCAGCUCCGGAAGCUCGCGGGCAUUUCCUGAUGGAUGCAUGGUCAGGUUUCUUCUCCAAAAACCACGGGGAAGAUAUCCGUCGGGAUCGUUUUUACGAGACACACAACUUGGAGAAACCCUUCAAGCCGCCGGGUGGGUGGAGCAGUCACGGCCAGCCGUGCGACCAAGUACAUGCGCAACUGCGCAACAAGUUGCGAGCGUUGGAUGUUAGCUCUUUGGGGUUCUGUGGGGACCUGAGGAACCGACCCCGAUUCGAGGAGUUGUCCUUAAGGGCAUCAGGGCAAGUGGCCUAUGAAGUCAAAAGCCAUGAGCAAAUCUUAGAAUUGACCCUGGAAGCAUGGGGCAGCAUGGAGCAAAGCACUUUCUCGGCGGCAUGGCUCAGCUGCGGGUAUGUGGAUGUGGCACAAAUGAAUCUCCAUGGUCCAGGCGAUCCCCGGAGAAUCGUGGAAGAGGCAAGAGCCUCUUUGAGUGAUAUGUUCAGUUGCCUCGGAAAAAACUGGACACCACAGCGUUGCAUGUCCUAUGAAUGGCAAAUUCAGGAUGCCAAUUCUGGGUGGCAAGCUUUGCCAUACGAAAUUGCAUCAGCCUAUGUCAGAACUCUUGCGCUGCACUUGCAUCAGCUUCAGGUGGCGAAGGAGUCCUAUGCCCAACUGGUUCAAUCUGACCCAAGCGAGGAAAACCCAGCCACCAGGAAAGCAAAAUCUACGAUUUCGGAGCUGAAGGGCACUCAGCGUUUCAUUGUCAUGAACGCCAGGACUGGACACCUGGCCACCCAGGGGGUUGCGGCUAACCUGUCCCUGAAGCUGAGUCAAGCUUCUACAAAGAGACAGGUUCGGUGCUGGGAUCUUAGAAAUGGGGGGGAACGCAGCAAGCUUUCAACCCUCCUGGUUGGGUAUGAGCACAUGAUGGGUGCCAACUUGGAAGAAGAUGAGGAAGUACAAGUUGAAGGGUAUUCAGACUCAGAUGGAGAAUCGUCUGCAACAGAAAUUGGGGACCAACAUGGCCUGGAAGGACCCAAGUCAUGUACGCUCACGUUGCGGGACAUGUUAGUGUAG